UGCGGCGGCCGAGGCGGCUCCUGGUCCAGAUGGUGCCUAAGAGGUUCGCCGAGCUCCGGGGAGCGGCGGUGAGGCCCAGCCCGCAGAGGACUUGGUUCUCUGGGGUCGCUGUUUGGGAGAAUCCUCUCACCCUCCCUGUGACCCGUGCUGUUUUUACCCUCGGGACUUCAGCCCGCCCCUUUCCAGCGUAAACACCCGGUCGAGCCUCGCCCACCGCCGGUCUGGCCUGAGGGGCAGCCGCAGCUAUCCGCCCUGCCUUUUCUGAGCUGCGGCCCCCAAGCUUCGGGUAGGCCUGGGCCUGGCAGAGGCCUGCGUAGAAGGGGAGCUACUAGCUGGCCGCGACAAAUCGAGUUCCUGCUGGGCCUGAGCGCUGCAACCAAGUUCCCUCGAACCAGGACAUUUACAGAUGACAAGUAAGUUCUUUUGCUACUAAGCCUUCAGCAAUUAUGGCAAUACCCUGGAAGAAAGCCUUUUUGAUACUUCUAACAUCACAAGCACUGUCCUUAGUGAAUAGCAUUGAGGAGGAGGAAGUACCUGAAGAAUGGAUUCUCUUGCAUGUGGUUCAGGGUCAGAUUGGAGCUGGAAAUUAUAGUUAUUUGCGACUAAAUCAUGAAGGGAAAAUAGUUCUUCAAAUGAAAAGCUUAAAAGGUGAUGCAGAUUUGUAUGUAUCUGAUACCACCCUUCACCCAAGUUUUGAUGAAUAUGAAUUACAGUCUGUAACUUGUGGCCAGGAUGUUGUUUUUGUGCCAGGACACUUCCAGCGCCCUGUGGGAAUAGGUAUCUAUGGACAUCCAUCUCACCUUGAAAGUGAAUUUGAAAUGAAAGUAUAUUAUGAUAGAACGGUUGUAGAAUAUCCAUUUGGUGAAGCAACUUAUGCUACAGAUGGUAAAGCAACAAGCCAAAAGCAGCCUUAUACACCAGAAGAUACUUCUCAAGAUGAAGAAUCCAUUGUUUGGACAAUAAUAAUUGGCAUUUUGAAACUAAUACUUGAGGUUCUUUUUUAAUAUCAUUGGAUGGACACGCACUGGAAUACAGUACCCAUAACCUGUGAAGUGGAUUUGUGGUUUGCUGUGAAUAUUGCUACUUUUUUAUAUGUUUCAGGAAAUAGGGUUCAGGGUACCUUUUCUAUGGUGGGUGGGUGGGGAAAAAAGCCAUAUUUAGUUUUGUAUUGUAAUUCCCCCUAAAAUAAGAGCAGCAAGCACAAGAUUUGUAGUUUCUUUAAAGAAGAGUUCAUAUAAAUGGAGAAUGUACAAUAAAAAAAAUGCUUAGAAUUCAUUUAA